UCUACUGGAAUCGAAAAACGGCUUCUAAAGGUGAAUUGUCUUCGACAGCUUGAUUCUAAACUAGAUUUACAACUGCAUGAAAAACAACUAGUUCAUACACUUUACUUUAAUCAUCUCUCGAGACUUUCUAAUGAAAAAUCAAUCGGUCAGCUGUUGCUAAAUAAAAUUCAGGCCGAAAUUAGGACUUCUGCGAAAAUAGUUAGCUCUUCUGAAAUAACAGAGUUCUGGAAAAGAAAGGAAGAAAGUUCUUACAGAAAAACUUUAGACGGGCAUACACGAAAAGAAAAAGAAUAUUUGAGCUCUCUUCAUCUCGCAAAGUUACAAAACGAUGAUGACAUUAACAAGGAAUUUGCGCUGAUUGAUGUUCUCAUCCCAGGUGAAGACUCAAAAAUUGUGGAAGACAUGAACCAGACACUAUAG